CCCAUGCUAUGCUAUGUAGAUCAGUGAAAAGCGUCACCUCGUAGGGGGCGGAGAUAAUGUUGUUGUCAUAGACGAAAAUGAUUGAACGCCGAUGGCCUCAGAUUUUCACGCUUGAAAAGAAGUGAUUUUACGUAUCCUAGACUGUACAUCGAAGCGAAGUUUAUGGGCGAAAAGAAGCAAGGGAUCGAAUGAAGGCAGAGACGACGAGGCGCCGGGACUUUAAACAUGUGUCGAGCCCGGACUCAGCUGUGCUUCUGCACCGAGCCUCUCCGGAGACCAACACUUCCAUGAAAACCAGAUCCUGCUCUAAAUGGACUACCCCGACUGAGUUAUAGUUUUCCUGAGACACAACUGAUAACUUUGCAACAAUGUCUGUCUCCACGGUUUUGGCAAAGGCGCUGUUUGACAACGCGGCAGAGAGCCCGGAGGAGCUGGCUUUCCGGAAGGGUGACAUACUGAUGGUUCUUGAACAGGAGCAGGGUGGUGGGCCGGGUUGGUGGCUCUGCUCCCUGCAUGGCCGACAGGGCAUUGUCCCUGCCAACCGCCUCCGUCUCCUCCAAACCGCCCCAGCAACGGGCUCUGAUCCCCGUCGAGGCUCCACUGAGGACUCUGUUUACCUUUCCCCUGUCCCCCCACUGGCUCGCUCUGCUGUCAGCAGCAGUGCAGAGGACUUAGACGGAGUGUAUCGCUCCCCUCCAUGCGCGGGUGAGGGCCGAGUGGCUGCCUCGAGGCCGGGGGAGCUCCGCAGGGUCGAGGCAGGGCGCCCGCGCUCACAAUCCAGCUCUGGCACCCGGCCCAGACCUGACUGGGAUUUAGGGAUCGGGGGACGUCCGCGCUCACCCUCCCUCAGAGGACGAGGCACAGAAACAUCAGGAACACUUUAUCAGUCUCCAGUCAGUCCCAUGCCUUCUGCAGCUCUCAUGGAUUCAGAGUCCGUGUACCUCGCCCCCACAGGAGUUCCAAGGGCUGCCGAUGAACCAGAGGACACUACAUAUCUAUUUCCAAGAGAAACACUAACCACAGAACACUCAGACGACUGUUACUUGGUGCCUAAAGGUACGCCGCUUGCAGGGGAAGAUGUUUACCAAUCUCCAACAGGAGGGAUUUUAGCCACUGCUUUUUGCUCGAAUGGCUCAAACGGAGGACCCGGUACACCCGAGCCUAAAGCAAGCCAGGACUCACCUGAGAUGUACCAAACACCCACCGCUGUUGGAGCAUGCCUUCACAGGACUCAAGCCACAGUUUUGGCCCAUCAGCACCCAUCUCCAGUAUCCCCUGGCCAAGCAUCUCCCAGACCUUUGCUAAAGGGAGUUUUACCCAACCCAGCUGCAGCCAGGGGUAAACCCGGCCUGGGGUGUCACCGGGGGUCUCCUAUGCUGAUCAGAGCAGGGCAGGUCAGGGUUCCUGGAUCGCCAAAUUUCACCCGCAAACCCCCUCCACCAGCACCUCCAGUGAGGGGAGUCACCAGGAAAGAUUCAGCAUCGUCAGCAGAUACUAACUCACCCAAACCUACCGCUCAGGUCACUCCUGCAAGCUUGCAGCAAGAGGAGGACAAACAGAGGGGAAUUCCUCAGAGCAAGGAGGAAAGGAUGAAUAACGGGCUGGAGAAAAGCAACAACAUGCAGAACAAAAAAGGAGAACAUCAGGAUUCAGAUGCUGUGGACGAUCAGAUAUAUGAUACCCCUCCCAGCGGCAGGUGGCAGCGUCAAGUCCCAUCUUCCAUUGGUGAUGAGGACGAUAAUGGGAUCUAUGACACCCCCCGCUGUCUCCCAUCGCUAGGGGAUUCUGAGAAUGAGGUCUAUGAUGUCCCCUCCAUCACUCUGAAUGUCUCUGACUUCCAGCCUGAUGAAGUUGAUGACGAUGUCUACAGUGUCCCCACGCUUCCUGGUGUCCCUCUGGGCCCGGGAGACUCCACCCUCAGUCACUCCGGAGACGACGUAGGACAGAUCUACCGUGUCCCCGGCCCGGAGAAACGAGCCAGCAGCGGCUAUCAGAACCGGGACUCUUGUGAGCCCGACUGUGGCAUCUACGACAUGCCUGCAUUGACUACCGAACUCCUCGCUCACUCUCUGUCGUCCUCGUCCACCUCCACCCGCCGCCUCUCUGUCUCCAGUAACGGAUCGGGGGACAUGCAGUGGAGGGUCACGCUUUCCAACCUCGUCCACUCUGUGCUGAGCUCCGCCUCCACGCUGUCGUCACGGGACCUGGCCACCUCGCUGGCUGAGAUCCUCUCCACCUGGAAAGCGUGUCUCUCAGACGAUCCCCCCCCCCCUUUCCAGCAGACGUGGGCUCGCCUCUCCGAUCUCCUGCCGGCGCUAUCCGCCAUCGGCAGCGCUCCUCCCUCCGAGGGGCUGCUGACGCUGGUCCAGCGCUCCCUGGAGGAGAGCGCCCUCCUCCUGCAGGCUCAGGGUCGACCACGUUUGCCUUCCCAGGACUCGCUGUCCCGCAGGCCGCUGCCCGCGCUCCCAGUGCCUGAUGGGAAGUCUUCAGGAGGCGGGAUGGGCUCACGUAAAGGAAGCUGGAUCCAGGAGAGGCCUCUUCCCCCAACCCCUCAGCCUGCCUUCCCCUUGGCCCCCACUCAGUCCACGGUGACGCUGAUGGUGGGCCCCUCUGAUGGAGAAGACGACCCCAGCAAUGAGUACGCAGGGAUCGGAUUAACUCCCAUGCCGGCCCCUGUUCCUACAGGGGACAGUGUGGGAUACGUCAAACUGCAGGGCAAACCUGAGCCACUUCCUGAUGUCCUGGGUGACAGCAGACACAUAACAGCAGACCCAACAUUGACCCCGUCCCCCCCCCUCCCGUUGUCCCUCUCGCUGGAGGACUCGGAGCUGCUGUCCUUCUACUCGUCUCAGAGCCUGGCGCACCUCUCCUGCCUGGCGGACGCCAUCGACGUGCUCUUCAGCAGCGUGCAGGGGAACCAGCCGCCCCGCAUCUUCGUGGCCAGAGGGAAGAGUCUCAUCGUCACGGCGCACAAGCUGGUUUUUAUCGGGGACACGCUCUCCCGCCUUCUCAGCUCUGCAGACCUCCGCGCCAAGAUCACAACCUCAGGGGGACGGCUCUGUCAGGCCUUGAAGACGGUUGUCGUGGCCACAAAGGGAGCUGCACAAAACUACCCUUCAGUGCCCGCCACGCAGGAAAUGGUGGACCGGGUCGCUGAGCUUUCCCAGCAGGCAGCUGGCUUCUCCACACUGCUGCAGCGGCUGGCGGAAAUAUCUUCAUGAUAUUCCGUAUCACUCGCGUAAAAGAAAACUUUGUUUACACUACACAUAUUUUUUUUUCCCUCUUUGAAAAUGCCUUAUUUGUUGUCGGACUCUUUCAUUUUUCGGUUUAAGUGGGAUUGAAGCAAGCGAAGGAAUAAGCUUUGUGGUUGCUGAGGGUUGUGAGUGUUGGUCCUGUCAUUCAAGUGUGUGCCGGUUUGCCUUUUGUUUAUACACUGACCUCCGUGCUUUGAUGCCAGGCACACUUGUGUUUUUGAGUGUUAACUUAUUGAAUAUUUGAAGGCUCUCCGUGGCUUUGAGUGUCUGUGUGGACUGUUUAUCUUGGGCGCUUUGCUUUAUUUUUUUUAUUGAAACAAUUUAUUGUGCGUGUGUGUAUGUCUGUGUGUGUGUUAUCAUUUUGAGCUGCUAUACAGUUUGGCAGGCUCCCAUGUGUCCUCCCAGUCCUUGCCACACUCGGAGCAUGGUGUCCAGCGAAUUUUGACUUCUUCUCUUUGAUUUAUAACUCUUCUGUCCACAAUGCUCUCAUACAGGAACACCUUCUGGGUCCUGUGUUUCCUGCAUUCUCUUCGACUUUUUUUUGUAAGGUGGAGGCUGGGAGGAGAGGGAGCAUGGAGGCGGUGGAGGAGAAGACAAGGGGGAAAGAGAGAAGGCUGGGAGCAUGGAGGCGGUGGAGGAGGCGCUUUGCUUUAUUGUGUUUGCCAUAUUUUCUUCCCUUCACAUGAUAGCCAUUUUCCUUCCUUCCUCUAUUUAUUCAGCCAUCCCCCCCUCUUCCACAAAUAGCACAGAAAGAGGCCUUGCAUCCUGUUUCUGGCCUACUUUUUUUACUGUUAACCUGAAAGGCCUUUUGUGAUGAUCAUUCUGAAGCUGUUGGAAGCAGCGUAUCGAGUGUUUCGGGCUUAUUAUGGAAGACAUGGAAUAGGCUGUGGAGUAGGAGGUCUGCCUCGCUUCCACUGAAUCCGUGCAAGUGUGUUGUGUUUGUGAAGUACCCAUAUCCACUUCAAGGCAAAGAUCAGGACAGCUUGUAAUCCACUCAAUAAGGAUACAAAUCUCAAUACAUUUUCUGUUUACGUUAAGGCAUUUAAAAUCCUGAAGUCUGACAGAGAGAGAAAAUAUUUGAGCGGAUAAGAGUGAGUAAUGAUAGUUCGGUGAGAAACUGCCUAAUACUGUUCUUUCCCACGGUCACAUUGGAUGGCAAUGGAUGAGAAACCAGUUGACCAAGCUAACCUGUCUGCACACGCCUUGUUAUGAUCUGCAUGCUCACCUUUGCUUUUCAUGUUCAUUUCCCAUAAGAUGCUAGUCACCCCUGUCAACAGUGCUUUCUCACAUCUAAUUGUUUCAAGUCAGGCGGAGACUAAGGCUGGGUAUGAUGCAUAUAUAAUUCAUUAUAUAUAAAUCUUUAACCAUAUCGCCCAGCUGAGGAAGCACAGCAUACUUUAUUUGAUUAAUAAGGGGGAUUUAUUUGCAUUUUAAAUACAAAACACUUACCUGUUUUCCAUCUUAGACUAUUGUACUUCAGUCUGACCUCUACCCUAAACAUUUAUACGUAUUAUUAUGUUGGUGUGCACACAAACAGAAGCUGUGAUGGCUCAUAAAGCUGACUGGAAGGUACAAUGCUUAUCAUAUUUACACUACAAAUCUCAACUCUACAAAGGGGCUCUUGAUAAUAAUACUUCCAAGUGUUGGGAUCUCUCUUCUGUAUCCUCAGUCAUAUUGCUUAACCUUACCUUUUUUUCAGAUCCAAAUCAGUAUCAAUGCAUAAUUACUUUCUCAGUUGUGUGGAUCAGUUUAAAUUAUUCUUUGGAACAUUUUAUCUUGUUUUUUUGCAUCUUCUCUGCUGCAGUGCCACCUUGUGGAGGUUUGAAGUAUUGCUUGAUGAAACCCUGCCUGCCAAAACAGGCUCUAAACUGUAUGUUUGAAGAGAGCAAGUAACCUUUAGCAGUAUAUUUAUUACUGUCAAAUCUUAUGUUAUUUGCGUUCAGUUUGCAUGGCUUUAAUUUGCUUACAUUUUAUAUAUGCACAUCCUUUUACCAUGGGGUGAUUUUACUGGGUCAUUUACAACGAAUAAAAUGUUUUUUCCCAGAAAGAUGUUACAUUACAGUUCCAAGGUAUGGCUGUAUUUUCUUUUGUACGAGGACGUUUUUUUUACACUAUGAACUCAUUUGAGUCCGUAUUUACUGAAGUAUAAAAGUGAAUAUUUGACUUUUCUCCUACAGUAAUACGCCUCUUUACUUUUAACACUACAUUUGAUGUCUGUCUUGUAUUACUGUUCAGAAUGCACAAAUACAUCUUUUGCAAUUAAAAUGUGUUCGGAUUAUU